CCAAAGGCCGGGGACUAUUCUCUAAGUUCUUUCAUUAGGUGUUUUUGGAAUAUCUAUUUCAUUUGGGCUCGAAGAUGGCGAAGGGUAAGACUCCCGUCCCAGCGGAGGACUUGGUAGAUUACGAGGAGCAGGAGGCAGGCCAGGUAACUUCUCACAAUGUCAUUAAGUCCGGUGCUUCAUCUAAGGUUGGCCGUGAAGAUGGUACUAUGGGUCGUGGUAGUUACGUCGCUAUCCACGCUAGUGGAUUUCGUGACUUUUUCCUGAAGCCGGAGAUUUUACGUGCUAUAGGUGACGCUGGUUUUGAGCAUCCUUCUGAGGUGCAACACGAGACAAUUCCUCAUGCCAUUACUGGUGUUGACAUUUUAUGUCAGGCUAAGUCUGGUAUGGGUAAGACAGCUGUAUUUGUAUUGUCUGUUCUUCAGCAGCUUGACGUGCAGGAGGACGGUACUCUUGCCGGUGGUGUUAAGCGUGAUGCUGGUGGUGAGGCUGUUGCUCCUUCUGCUGACCGUGUUGCUUGUUUAGGCAUAAGUCACACUCGUGAGCUUGCUUAUCAGAUUAAGAACGAGUUUGACCGUUUUUCAAAGUACAUGAACGGUGUUCGUUGUGAGGUGGUUUAUGGCGGUGUUCCUAUAUCUCGUGACAUUGAGAUGUUGAAGGACCCUGAGAAGUGUCCUCACAUUCUCGUUGGCACUCCUGGUCGUUUAUUAGCUCUUAUUAAGGGUAAGCACCUUAAUAUGGAUGGCAUUCGUCAUUUUGUCCUUGAUGAAUGUGACAAGUGUCUUGAGAAGCUUGACAUGCGUGCUGAUGUACAAUCUAUAUUUAUGUCAACUCCUAAGAAGAAGCAGGUGAUGUUUUUCUCUGCCACUAUGAACAAUGACGUCCGUGACGUUUGCAAGCGUUUCGUACGAUCUCCUGUUGAGGUAUUUGUUGACGACGAGUCUAAGCUUACUUUACAUGGUCUCCUUCAGUAUUACGUCAAGCUUUCUGAGAGCGACAAGAAUCGCAAGCUUAAUGAUCUUCUUGACAACCUUGAGUUUAACCAGGUGAUUAUUUUCGUGAAAUCAGUGUCUCGGGCUCAAACUCUGGACAACUUACUUAAUGAGUGCAACUUUCCUUCGAUUGCUAUUCAUGCUGGUCUUGACCAGGAUGAGCGUAUUGCUCGUUACACUCAGUUCAAGAACUUUGACAAGCGUAUAAUGGUUUCGACUGAUUUAUUCGGUCGUGGCAUUGAUGUAGAGCGCGUCAACAUUGUGAUAAACUACGACAUGCCUGAUUCUACUGACUCUUAUCUUCAUCGUGUGGGUCGUGCUGGUCGUUUUGGUACCAAGGGUUUGGCCAUCACCUUCGUUGCUACGGAGGCUGAUUCCACUGCUUUAGCAGAUGUGCAAAAGAGGUUCGAGGUGGACAUCCCAGAGAUGCCGGAGUCAAUUGACACUUCCCUCUAUUUGAAUCAAUAAAAACUGGAUUAUCAAUAA